UUCUUCUUCUCGCUAUUAUUAUUAUUUUUAAAGUGCAUUUUUAAAAAACGCAGUGAAGAAGUUAUUUUUUCGCCUGAUGUUAUUGAAUAUGUAUUUGUAGAGUUUCCCUUUCAGAAGCAAAACUUAUGGGAGGAGAACAUUAAAAUGAAUCACGCAACUAGUUUUACUAACGACUGCGCGUCAAAUUACUGCUAUUUGCACCUAUAUUUCACGCACAAAAGCAUGUUUUAAACUAAUGUUUUGUGCUUGGAAUGACUGCAAUUGUUGCAGAGAUCAGAGAGCGCGGUGUGUGUGUGUGUGUGUGAGAGAGCGCGCGGUGUGUGUGUGUGUGUGUGUGUGUGUGUGUGUGAUCUCGUGCUCAAACAUCGCGAUAGAGUCCUGCUGGAGUUGAAGUUUGUGCGGUCUCUGGUGUGUGUCAGUGACUGACAGUGAGGAUGAGGAUGAGGAUGAUGAAGAUGCUGCUGCUGCUCGGCCUGUGCUGUGGACCUGUGUGUUGUGGUCAGAAUCAGUCGGAUCCUCGCGAUCAGAGAGUGUUUCCAGUCCUGUCCGUUAAUUAUGAUUAUGUCCAGAUGCCGUUCGAGGUCUCGCUGUGGAUUCUGCUCGCGUCCCUCCUGAAGCUGGUCUCAGAUGAACGUUAUUUCCAUUGUGAUCCUCCUCGACACAGCAGUGCAUUACUCCGCUUCCACCUGCUCCCGCGUCUGUCGGCUGUGGUUCCCGAGAGCUGUCUGCUGAUCGUGGUGGGGCUGCUGGUGGGCGGUUUGAUCCGAGUGAUGGGCAAGAAGCCGCCGGUGCUGGACUCGCAGCUCUUCUUCCUGUGCCUGCUGCCGCCCAUCAUCCUGGACGCCGGCUACUUCCUGCCCCUGCGGCCCUUCACCGAGAACGCCGGCACCAUCCUGAGCUUCGCCGUGCUGGGGACGCUGUGGAACACCUUCUUCACCGGCGCGCUGCUGUACGCCUGCCGUCCGGCGGCCCUCGAGCUGCUGCCCUGCCUGCUGUUCGGCUCCAUCGUGUCGGCCGUGGAUCCGGUGGCCGUGCUGGCCGUCUUCGAGGAGAUCCACAUCAACGAGCUGCUGCACAUCCUGGUGUUCGGAGAGUCGCUGCUCAACGACGCCGUGACCGUGGUCCUGUACCACCUUUUCGAGGAGUUUGCGCACGCGGGCGAGGUGACGGCGGGCGACGUGUUUCUGGGCGUGGUGUGUUUUUUCGUGGUGGCGCUGGGCGGAGUGCUGGUGGGCGGCGUGUACGGAGUGCUGGCGGCUUUCACGUCACGCUUCACGUCGCACACGCGUGUGAUUGAGCCUCUGUUCGUCUUCCUCUACAGCUACAUGGCCUACCUGUCGGCCGAAGUCUUCCACCUGUCCGGCAUCAUGGCGCUCAUAGCGUGUGGCGUGAUCAUGCGGCCCUAUGUGGAGGCCAACAUCUCCCACAAAUCCUACACCACCAUCAAGUACUUCCUGAAGAUGUGGAGCAGCGUGAGCGAGACGCUGAUCUUCGUCUUCCUGGGUGUGUCGACGGUGGCCGGGCCGCACGCCUGGAACUGGACCUUUGUGACCAUCACCAUCGUCCUGUGUCUGCUGUCCAGGGUUCUGGGUGUGGUCGGCUUGACGUUCAUCAUUAAUAAGUACCGUAUGGUGAAGCUGAGUGGUAAGGAUCAGUUCAUCGUGGCGUACGGCGGAUUGAGGGGUGCCAUCGCCUUCUCAUUAGCGUUUCUGCUGUCCAGUGAUGACUUUCCCAUGAAGGACAUGUUCCUGACGGCCAUCAUCACCGUCAUCUUCUUCACCGUGUUCGUGCAGGGAAUGACGAUUCGGCCGCUCGUUGACCUUCUGGCUGUCAAGAAGAGGAAAGAAAGCAAAUGCUCAAUAAACGAGGAGAUUCACACUCAGUUUCUGGAGCAUCUGCUGGCUGGAAUCGAGGGCGUGUGCGGUCACUACGGUCAUCAUCACUGGAGAGACAAGCUGAACCGCUUUAAUAAGCGCUACAUCAAGCGCUGUCUGAUCGGCGGAGAGCGAUCGCAGGAGCCGCAGCUCGUCUCCUUCUACAACAAGAUGGAGCUCAAACAGGCCCUGAUGCUGCUGGAGAGCAACAGCUCAGCCAAUCUGAGCACAGCAGUCACUGCAGCUGCACCACGGCAGCGCAGCCUGAAAACACUCAACAUCUCUAAAGAACGAGAAGAAGAAAUCAGGAAGAUCCUGCGAGCAAACCUGCAGAAGACGCAACAGAGACUGCGCUCGUACAGCCGGCACACACUGAUGCCGGACGCUGAGGACGACUGGAGCGAGACGCUUCUCAAGAAGCAGCAGGAGGAGAUGGAGAGACGGGUGAGAGACGGAGAACACAGCACAAACACCUCUGAAAUAACUCCAGCGCAUGAUCAGCAGCAAAGAACGGCUUUCAUUCUGCUGAUGAGCAACUUUCUGACGGUUCCUGCUGCUCCGGCCAGAAGACUGGAGUCCGGCGAGCGUCUCAGGUCCGGCUCCUUCUUCUUCUCGGAGCGCAGCGCUGGAGAAGUGAACGCCAGACGCAAGCCCAGCGUGAAGUUCUCUCUGGAGCCGCCGAAGCCUCCUCGGGGUCCGGAGCACCUGCUGGAGGAGGACGAGGAGCUCAUGCAUCGCAGACACUGAGACCAGUGCUUCUGUGGGUCUGAGACUCCUGUGCUCUCUAAGGUCCUGUGUUUCUCAUGCGUCUGCUGUGAGCGCUUGUGUGUCGGUAUCUAUUCUGGACAAAGAAGCUCAAAUGUAAGAGAGUCUCUGUUGAGACGGUCUGAAGAGCAUCUGUGCUUCUGUGAAUGACUCUGAUUGUCUGGCGCUGUUAAAGCCGUCUCUUCAUCGACUCUUCAUCUGACUUGGGCUCAGAUUUUUACAUUUAUACUUAAAUAAAAUGAUUAAUUUCUUUAUCAAGGAUGCAUUAAAUUGAUCAAAAGUGACAUGUUACAGUAGAUUUCUAUUUGAAAUAAAUGCUGUUCUUUUAACUUUCUAUUCAUCUGUGAAUCCUGAAAAAUAAAAUGCAUCUCAGUUUCCACAAAAAUAUUGUGCAGCACGACUGU